CACCAAUUUUAACCUUUUUAGUACAAUCUUUCAUCCAAACACUCAACUUUUUUCUUUUAUUCUGUUCUUGUCUCAUUUGAUUCUGCUCAUCUUCAUCUUCAUCUUUUUUUUUUCAGUAUGGAACUUAAUAGCAGAAGCAAAUCUGUCAAAAUAUUUCUAUAAAGUUCUAAUCUUUUUGAUGUAACUUCAAAUGGGUGGCAUUCAAAUUUCUUAUUUGAUGCUGUUUUUAGCAUUAGUUUUCUCAUUUCUUGCUGCUGCUGAUGCUGCUAGUAGUGGAAAAAAUAACUCAACUGACUCACUUUGGCUUCUGAGGAUCAAAUCAGGGUUUGUUGAUCCUUUAGGUGUUCUGAAAAACUGGUCUGAAGAAACUGAAGUGUGCAGCUGGACUGGAAUUUUAUGUUCAGUUGAUCAAACUCAAGUUGUGGGGCUGAAUCUAACCAACUCAGGACUUUCAGGUUCUGUUUCGGACGAGCUUUCGAAUCUUUCAUCGCUUGAAAUUCUCGAUUUGUCUUUGAAUUUUCUCACUGGUGUAAUCCCUACUGGACUUGAAAAGCUUCAGAAUUUGAGGAUGCUGCUUUUGUAUUCAAAUUAUAUCUCCGGCGGAAUUCCUGAAGAUUUGUACUCUUUGAGGAAACUGCAAGUUCUGAGAGUUGGAGAUAACAUGUUGUUUGGUGAAAUUGCACCAGGUAUUGGAAAUUUGACUGAGCUGAGAAUUUUGGCUGUUGCUUUUUGCCAAUUUAAUGGAAGCAUUCCUGGUGAAAUUGGUAAACUGAAGAAUCUGGUGUCUCUUGACUUGCAGAAGAACAGCCUUAGUGGCCCUAUACCGGCGGAGAUUCAUGGCUGCAUAAAGCUUCAGAAUUUUGCAGCAGCAAACAACAGGCUUGAAGGGGAAAUUCCUGCUUCAAUUGGGAAGCUUAAAGCUCUUCAGAUAUUGAAUUUGGCUAAUAACAGUCUUUCAGGUUUUAUUCCUGCUGAAUUAAGUCAUCUCUCAAACUUGAAAUACUUAAAUUUGCUUCGAAACAGAAUGAGUGGUCAGAUUCCAUUGGAGCUUAACCAGUUGAUUCAGCUCGAAAAGCUCGAUUUAUCGGUAAAUAAUCUCUCAGGACCAGUACAUUUUUUCAGUUCCAGACUAACGAAUCUUCAAACGCUAGCUCUGUCCAAUAAUAAGUUCGUCGGUAGAAUUCCAAGCAAUUUCUGCUUCAAAAAUUCCAGUCUGCAGCAACUUUUCCUGAAUGGAAACAUUUUGUCUGGAAAAUUUCCUUUAGAGCUAUUAAAUUGUUCAUCUCUGCAGCAGCUAGACCUCUCUGAUAACAACUUCGAAGGAGAAUUGCCAUCCAGCCUCGACGAACUUGAAAAUCUCACAGAUCUUAAGCUCAACAAUAACAGUUUUCACAGCAAAUUGCCUCCUCAAAUUGGGAACAUGAGUAACCUGGUGAAUCUUUACCUGUUUGAUAAUAUGUUUACAGGGAAACUUCCAGCAGAAAUUGGCAAGUUACAGAGAUUAACUUCUAUUUAUCUUUAUGAUAACAUGUUUUCAGGGAAAAUUCCAAGGGAGCUAACGAACUGCACAAGUUUAACACAACUUGAUUUUUUCGGAAACCAUUUCAACGGCUCCAUUCCUCCAACUAUCGGGAAACUUAAGAAUCUGAUUGUUCUUCAGCUGCGGCAGAAUGACUUGUCAGGUCCGUUGCCUCCGAGUCUAGGCUACUGCAGAAAACUUCAGGUAGUAGCAUUGGCAGAUAACAAAUUUUCUGGUUCAUUGCCACCAACAUUUAGGUUCCUUUCAGAAUUGUACAAAAUUACUCUUUACAACAACUCCUUUGAAGGCCCUCUUCCUUCGUCUCUCUCCCAUCUUAAAAACCUGCAAAUUAUCAAUUUUUCGCAUAAUAGAUUUAGCGGAAGCAUUUCGCCUCUCUUGGGUUCUAAUUCUUUGACAGCCUUAGACUUAACCAACAAUAGUUUCUCAGGCACCAUUCCUGAUAGAUUAGCUUUGUCAAGAAAUUUAACGCGUCUUCGUCUAGCACAUAAUCACCUUACAGGCAACAUUCCGGAAGAUUUUGGCCAGCUCAACCAGAUAAGGUUUCUGGAUUUAUCAUUCAACAAUAUGAGUGGAGAUGUGGUGCCUCAACUUUCAAAUUGUCGAAAACUUGAACAUUUUCUACUAAGUAAUAACCAUCUUACAGGAACUAUGCCUUCUUGGUUAGGAAGUUUAGAACAACUUGGAGAGUUGGAUUUUUCAUCCAAUAACUUCCAUGGAGAAAUACCUGCAGAACUCGGAAACUGUUCGAGAUUACUCAAGCUUUCUCUUCAUAGCAACAAUCUUUCAGGGAAGAUUCCUGACGAAAUCGGAAACCUCACUUCUCUCAAUGUCCUGAACCUUCAUAGAAACAGCUUUUCUGGCUCGAUCCCUUCAACAAUUCAGGACUGCAAAAAGCUCUUCGAACUGAGGCUUUCAGAAAAUUUCCUGACAGGUUCAAUACCGUCGGAGCUCGGAAAGCUGACGGAAUUACAAGUAAUCAUGGAUCUCAGCAAGAACUCUCUCUCUGGCGAAAUUCCAUUUUCACUCGGAAAUUUAGUGAAACUAGAGAGAUUAAACCUCUCUUUCAAUCACUUCCAAGGAGAAAUACCCUUUUCACUAGGAAAGCUGACAAGCCUCCACAGACUAAACCUGUCGAACAAUAACUUCCAGGGCAAGAUUCCUCCAACUUUUUCAGGAUUCCCGCUGAGUUCAUUCAUGGGUAAUAGCAAAUUAUGUGGCCCACCAUUAGUAUCUUGCCUGGAAUCAAGGGAUCAAGAAAAAAAUAGCCUUUCAAAUACUGCUGUUGUUGGUAUUAUAGUGGCCAUUGUCUUUACUUCCACACUAAUUUGCUUACUGAUGAUCUAUUUGAUGGUGAGAAUCUGGAGUAACUGGCGAAGAAGAGUGUCGAUAUCGAGCUUGGAUAACGGUUACGGUUUCGGAUUUGAACAGAAAAGAAGUGAAGGAGAGAUCAAAUGGGGUUGUGGAGAAGAGAAGAAGAGGAGGAAUGGUGAAUAUUGGAAAGUGAACUCUAUGGCUAUAGUGACUCCACACGAUAAGCAAAUUUCAAGAACUUGCAUUUUUCAUAUCAAAGAUACAGAAUCUGCAGGGAAUACAAUGGCUUGAUGAGAAGAUACAUAUUUUUUGGUUUGUUUUAUUCCAAUUUUUAGAGGAAUUAUGUUUGUAUAAUGUAGAAAAAUACCUUAUUGCUCUGCUAGUAUAUGGCUUAACUUUGUAAUCUUAACUGUUCAAAAAUUUAAAAGACAAUUUCAUGUAAA